AGGCUUUUCUCCUGAGCUCCAAGUACAUAAAACCACUGCCUAAUGAUCUGGGAUGAACCAUGGACAUCCCAAACCCAGGUCCCUGCCACUGCAAAGUGCUACUGGAAGGAGUGAGAAACGACCCCCCAGCUCCCUUGCUGCCUGUGAAUCGAUGGCUAACCGGGGCCCGAGCUACGGCUUAAGCCGAGAGGUGCAGGAGAAGAUCGAGCAGAAGUACGACGCGGACCUGGAGAACAAGCUGGUUGACUGGAUCAUCCUGCAGUGCGCCGAGGACAUCGAGCACCCGCCCCCCGGCAGGGCCCAUUUUCAGCAGUGGCUGAUGGACGGGACGGUCCUGUGCAAGCUGAUAAACAGUUUAUACCCACCUGGACAAGAGCCCAUUGCCAAGAUCUCAGAGUCCAAGAUGGCUUUUAAGCAGAUGGAGCAGAUCUCCCAGUUCCUAAAAGCUGCAGAGACCUACGGCGUCAGGACCACUGACAUUUUUCAAACAGUGGAUUUAUGGGAAGGGAAGGACAUGGCAGCUGUGCAGAGGACCCUGAUGGCUUUAGGCAGCGUUGCAGUCACCAAGGAUGACGGCUGCUACCGGGGAGAGCCAUCCUGGUUUCACAGGAAAGCCCAGCAGAAUCGGAGAGGAUUUUCAGAGGAGCAGCUUCGCCAAGGACAGAAUGUGAUAGGCCUGCAGAUGGGCAGCAACAAGGGCGCCUCCCAGGCGGGCAUGACGGGGUACGGGAUGCCCAGGCAGAUCCUGUGAGAGGCUGCAUCCGUCCCCAGUAGAGAGGACGGAUGUUCCACACCACGGGUCUCUAUGACAAAGAAAUAGUUAGUCACCUUCUGACCUUUCUCAAAGCCUCCUGUCCCUGGUUUUUGCAAGUGCUGCAUUUCUGCUGAGAACCCGCGUUGCCUACUGCUGCCACCUCCUGUUCGUUUAGAACUAUGCAAAGACUCCGCUUCCUCCCCCUCAGCUCCUUUGCCCUCAAGUCUCCGUUUGUCUGAUUAUUUAUUUAUUUAUUUCCCCAAAUUUUCCCUUCUCCACUUACAGAACACACCAAAUAAACAAAUUAGUCUUAUGUCUUAAA